CUCCCUUGCCCUUUCUCUCUCCCUCCCCAUUCUGAACUGCUAACCUCUCCUCUGUCCCUCUCCAUCCUGCCUCUGGUCUGAUCUGUUGACCUGAAUCCAGUCGCCCCAGCCCUGUCCUUGCUGUCGGCUCCUUCCAGCAGAGAUGAUGCCUGGGAGGCUGCUGGGGCUGUCGUGCCUGCUGGUGGUGGGGGUGCAGGAAGGGCUGCCAAGCGAGCAGUGGUUGUCGCGGACAUGGCACGUGGAGCUGCUGGUAGUGGUGGACACGGAGCUGGCGCGAGCACUGGGCAGCGAGGUGCGGCCCUACACUCUGGCUCUGCUGGGCGCCGUUGAGCGGCUGUACCGACACCCCUCGCUUGGCAGCGACGUGCGCCUUCCUGUCGUCUGGCUUGAGGUGCUCUGGGAUGAGGAGAGGGGCCCAUUGGUGGGCUCUGAUGCCCGCCAGACCCUUUACGAGUUCUGUGGCUGGCAGCGGGACCGCCGGGCCAGGGGCAAUUGGGCAGGAACCCCGUACGAUGUGGCCCUCUUACUGACAAGGCAGAACCUCUGUCUGGAAAACAAUUGUGAAUCUCUGGGCCUUGGCCACAUUGGGACUGUGUGUGAGGUGAAUGGUGGUCAGAAUUGUGCUGUGGUCCAGGACAUAGGCCUCCAAAGUUCCUUCACCAUCGCCCAUGAAAUUGGACACCUGCUGGGAAUGGCUCAUGAUAAUUCGGAGAUUUGUGCACAAAUGGGGGAAUUGUCCCACGGGACCCAGAUGAUGUCCCCCAUGUUGUCUAGAAUUGACUUCGCAGAGCCGUGGUCUCGAUGCAGCAUUCGCUUAUCCUUGGGGUUCUUUGCAAGUGGCAGAGCUGACUGCCUCCUGAACAAGCCACCUGUCUCCCUGGCCGAGUCUGUUCCCCUGGCCGGUAUCACCUACAACCGGGACAUUCAGUGCCAGCUAACCUUUGGACCUGGGUACCAAGCACAGCCGAAACGUGAUCCCUGCCCCGUUCUCUGGUGCCUGGCUUGGCGCCAGGGGAAUUGGCAUCAUGCCAGUAAGCAUCUGCCCGCUGCAGAUGGGACACCGUGUGGUAAAGAGUCCGUCUGCCUCCGAGGGAAUUGCACCCACAACUGGAAACAGCUGACUCCAGUGGAUGGGAGCUGGGGUUCCUGGGGUCCGUGGGGAUCUUGCUCUCGCUCCUGUGGGGGUGGGGUCCAAUUCUCACGGCGCCGUUGUGACAAUCCUGUUCCUGCCAAUUUUGGCAAGUUCUGUCUUGGGAAGCGGGAGAUGUUCCAGUCGUGUAACCUGAAAGGUUGUCCAGACAAUGGCGGUAGCUUUCGUCAGGAGCAGUGUGAGGAGAGGAAUGGGCUGUCGCCAGAGGGGACACUACAGGAAUGGGAGCCCUAUUACCAUGGCAUCCGCUGGGCUGACCUCUGUAAACUCAACUGCCUGCUGAAGGGGACAGCUCGUGUCAACGUUUUCUCUAUCAAGGUGAAGGAUGGGACGCAGUGUUUCCCACACAGCAAUGCUGUGUGUGUGCGGAGCCAGUGUGUGAAGACCGGCUGUGAUGGGCUGAUUGGCUCCAGGAAGCGCUACAGUUCUUGUGGUGUGUGCGGGGGUCUUGAAGCAAACUGCAAGAGGGUGGUCCAUCACUACCAUAGCAGAGUGAUGAACUACAGUGAGGUGGGGGUGAUCCCACGGGGAGCAGCCAACCUGAAGGUGCAUCAACAGCCCAGGAAGAUCCCAUUCCGAUUGUCGACCUGCCUGGUACUGCAGCGGGAGGAUGGCAGCUUCGCGUUGAAUGGUGGGGGCUGGAUCAGUGGCUUUCCCAGCCUGGUGGAGGCAGGUGGAGUAGCACUGCAAUACUCGGGCUGGAGCUCCCGCAGGGAAGUGCUGCGGGCACUCACCCGUGCCCCCCUGUCCGAGGAGCUGAGGCUGGCGGUGUACAACCUGGGCUCAAGGAGGGCAGUCCGCAUCACCUACUCCUACUACCUACACAGGAGGAUGAUGCAGGGCGAGGAAGUGCGAGGGGUGGCAUGGGCUCCAGCAGGGAAACCCGGACCAGAACCCAACCCUAUCCUGAGACCACACCUCUCCCCUGUGUCCAGACCGCACACAAGCCCUGUCCCCAGACCAGAUGUGACCUCAGUCCCCAAACAGAACACCAUUAAAGUCCCCAGACCAGAACCCAACCCUAUCCUGAGACCACACCCCUCCCCUGUGUCCAGACCGCACACUACCCCUGUCUCCAAACCGGACACAAGCCCUGUCCCCAGACCAGACCCCACUUCUCUCCCCAAACAGAACACCAUUCCAGUCCCCAGUCCAGACCCCACUUCUCUCCCCAAACAGAACACCAUUCCAGUCCCCAGACCAGACAUCUCUUCUGACCCAAAAAUAGAACACAUCUAUGCUUCUAGCCAGCAGUCCACACUUUCCCCACAAGAACAACCCACCCCUAUUCCUACAGGGGACCUCAGCUGCUUCCCAAGCCAGGAACCCACACCAGUCCUCACACAGGACGUCAGCGCUGGCCUCACUCUGGCUCCAGUUCCGCUCCCCACAAUGGGCCCCACCUCAGGAAGCUGGCAGACGGGACCCUGGCAGUUCUGCUCUGUGUCCUGCGGUGUGGGCUGGGUGUCGAGAAGGGUGGUCUGUACAGAUGAAGCAGGGAGACAAGUGAAGGGUUGCAAUCAGGAACAGAAACCACACAGCAUGGCACUGUGUGUCAGGGGGAGCUGCCACAGGGGAAAAGGACGGGUCAGAUACAGAGUGAAACUCCCUCUACAAUGUCCCAUCACACACUCCCAGGACACGGGUCAGACACAGAGUGAAGCUCCCUCUACAGUGUCCCAUCACACACUCCCAGGUUACGAGUCAGAUAUGAAGUUACAAUGAAAUGAAAUGAAGACUCUCGGAGACCGCUCACUAUUUGUAUAUCAAAAUCUAUUGAUCAUCCUACUGAUAUUUGUCCUUCUCCUAUAUUUCCAAUAUCCAAUAAAU